GCGGCAGAGAAAAAGGCUAUUGGUUGAAAUUGCAGCCAAUGGGAGGGCUUGUUACUAGUCUGCGCGGUGCGGAGCUUGUAGGGAAAGUGCUUUGGGCCUGGAACCUCUACACAUCCCGGUGGUUUUAGCACGAUGAGCUCCAUCGGCACCGGGUAUGACCUGUCAGCUUCUACGUUCUCUCCUGAUGGAAGAGUUUUUCAAGUUGAAUAUGCUAUGAAGGCUGUAGAAAAUAGUAGUACAGCUAUUGGGAUCAGAUGUAAAGAUGGUGUUGUCUUUGGAGUAGAAAAAUUAGUGCUGUCUAAACUUUAUGAAGAAGGUUCCAAUAAACGACUUUUUAAUGUUGAUCGGCAUGUUGGAAUGGCUGUAGCAGGUUUGUUGGCAGAUGCUCGUUCUUUAGCAGACAUAGCAAGAGAAGAGGCUUCCAACUUUAGAUCUAAUUUUGGCUACAACAUUCCACUAAAACAUCUUGCAGACAGAGUGGCUAUGUAUGUACAUGCUUACACACUCUACAGUGCUGUUAGACCUUUUGGCUGCAGUUUCAUGUUAGGAUCUUACAGUGUGAAUGAUGGUGCACAGCUCUACAUGAUUGACCCAUCAGGUGUUUCAUAUGGUUAUUGGGGCUGCGCCAUUGGCAAAGCCAGGCAAGCUGCAAAGACAGAAAUAGAAAAACUUCAGAUGAAAGAAAUGACCUGCCGUGAUGUUGUUAAAGAAGUUGCAAAAAUAAUUUACAUAGUACAUGAUGAAGUUAAAGAUAAAGCUUUUGAACUAGAGCUCAGCUGGGUUGGUGAACUAACUAAAGGAAGACAUGAAAUUGUUCCAAAAGAUAUAAGGGAAGAAGCAGAGAAAUAUGCUAAGGAAUCUUUGAAGGAAGAGGAUGAAUCAGAUGAUGAUAAUAUGUAACAUUUACUUCAGCAUCUAUUCUAUAACAGUUCCUUGUAACUUUAGCCCCUGACCAGUUUUCAUUAAAUUUUUGACUUGUAGCCACUGAA